AUGGCAUACAAUAAACAAUAUAACAACAGAUUCCCUAGCCGUUACAAUACACCAGGGCAUUUUGUAUCAGGAGGAGAGCUGGCGGGCCCGCCGGCGCCGCGCGGGGGCUACACGCCGCGCCUCACGCCGCCCUUCGUUAGACCCUCUGCACCGUUCUCGCAACCACCGCACAAGCCGAUGCCAAACAAUGUACAGCCCUCACCACCACAGGAGGAAGAUAUGCCCAUGGAUCAAGAAGCAAUGAGUCAGUCUUUGACGUCAGAUGACAGCUCACGACCGUACUGGAUGAAACCCAGGUUGCCUGGAGUAAAGAAGAUAUCAAACAAGGAGCGCCGUCGGCGACAGAACGAGAAUCUCCGGCGCCUGCUGACACCAAAGAAUGCGCUCAUGGUCCUGAACGAGAUGAUGCCCAACGAACAGGUUACCAAUCAAUUCAAAGUGGAGCCAGCUCAAUACAACACCUUCAAGCCACCCAACACACACACCUUCUGCGCUGAUCUCACCAUCGAUGGCAACGUGUACCAAGGAUACGGCGACAACAAGCUGAUGGCGCGGAACGCGGCCGCGGAACAGGCCAUACGAGAUCUCAUCAUCAAGAAGAUGAACAAGGCCCUCACAGCCAACAGCGACUCAGGCUCGACGACCGGCGCCGGGGCCGCUGGGAGCGAUGAGGAAGCGCUGCCCAUGAUCCAGCUGGCGUCCUUCGCGCUGCACAAGCUGUUCACGGAGUGGGAGUACGAGGGACACUCCGUGCCGCAGCUUAAACCCGCCAACCAUUCAGCGGUAUCGGAGAGCGCGAGCGAGGCCGCGGCGCCCCCCCCGCGCAAGGCCAAGGAGCUGCCGGCGGGGGCGCGCUCGCUGCACCCCUGCAUGCUGCUGACGCACAUGCGGCCCAACCUGGAGUACCGCGAGGUGGCGGCCGGCACCGAGCGCACGCUCACCGCGCUCAAGUACGUCUUCACCAUGUCCGUGGAGGUCGACGGCGUCACCUACGUGGGGAAAGGCGCGAACAAGAAGGAAGCUCGCAAGAACGCGGCGAAGGCGGCCUGCAAAGCCAUCUUCGACGUCACCUUCGACGAGGACAUCGUGGAGCAGGACUAA